AUGGUGCCGACGGAACUACGCCUGUGGGCAUCAUUUUACUGGCGCUUAGGAGUGGUGUUACCGAUACAGCCAAACCCAGAAACGUUGCAAGGUUGUGGUCACGCAAGUGGAUUACGACUCAUCGGCGUGCAAGACCUGUGUGAAGAAAGGAGUUAA